ACACCAGUUGGGGUGGAUGAAAUCUUGAUGCUUAGUUCCAUUAUGCACCGAAAAGGAGUGGGUGGAAGUGGCGACGUGGGUGUGGUCUCUUCACACGUUUGGUUGGUUCAACAACCGCAGGAACUGAUGACGUGUAUGUUUUCUAUUGGGACUGAAUUGGAACGCAAGAGAAUAUGAAUAGUUCUCUCUCCAAUGGUCGUGUACUCGCUCAUAGGCCACAACAAUGGCGGCAGCAGAAGAAGAUUUCCCUGGAAUUCGCGUCCGCGGGAUGCAAUUUUCCUAUGAAGCGCAACAACCGCCGCUCUUCCUCGACUUCAACCUCAACGUCGAGCCUGGAUCGCGGUGCCUCCUCGUCGGUGCCAACGGAUCCGGUAAGACGACUUUGCUGAAGAUUCUAGCGGGGAAGCAUAUGGUUGGAGGAAGAGAUGUUGUGCGCGUGUUGAAUGGUUCCGCUUUUCAUGACACUCAACUCGUCUGUAGUGGAGAUCUCGCUUAUUUGGGCGGAUCCUGGAGCAAAAACGUUGGCUCUGCUGGAGAAAUUCCGCUUCAAGGAGACUUCUCUGCCGAACAUAUGAUCUUUGGAGUUGAGGGUGCUGACCCAGAUAGGAGAGACAAGUUAAUUGAGCUGCUUGAUAUCGAUCUGCAGUGGCGAAUGCACAAGGUAUCUGAUGGCCAGCGGCGUCGAGUGCAAAUCUGUCUUGGUCUUCUUUAUCCAUAUAAGGUUCUCUUGCUUGAUGAAGUCACUGUUGAUCUGGAUGUUGUGACUCGGAUGGAUUUGUUGGAAUUCUUUAGGGAAGAAUGUGAACAGAGAGAAGCUACAAUAGUAUAUGCAACUCAUAUUUUUGAUGGACUAGAGGCAUGGGCAACUCAUUUGGCAUACAUACAAGAUGGUGAACUGAGAAGAGCAGAAAAGAUAUCAGAUGUCAAUGAGUUGAAAUCUUCCACUAAUCUGCUAUCUGUUGUUGAGGACUGGCUCCGUGCUGAAACAAAAGGUGUAAAGAAGAAACCUGUCCAAAAGAAUUUUGCGAGUUCUCCAUUCUUUUCAUCCAGACACAUGGCCUAUUAUCGAUAGUCUCUUUGGUUGCUUAUAUUUUCAACAUUUGUCCUGGAGUAUUUGGGGGCCGGCCUUGGCUAGGUAUUUUAGAGUAGCUUUUCUAUACGUAGCAAGAGCUAAGUAUAAAAGAAAAGCAACCAUUAAUGCUGAAGACAAGACUUAUGAAAAUAGUAGAAAAUAGUAGAAAGGAAUACACUUGUAUAACCUAAAUAUAUCAAAAACUGAUGGUUUAAUAAUUGCCAUCAAAUUUUUUGGGAUGUCAAAGUUUUAUUUAUAAGUGCUACUAUAAUUAAAAAUAAUAUUUUUAUUUAUAUUA